UGACACCGGCAGCUGGCUGAGCCCUGCAGGAGCGCUGCUUGUGUGUGAGCCGCUGCCUUCAUCUUCAGCCAUCUUAACCAUGCUGGGCGCCGUGGGACGGUGCUGCACCGGGGCUCUGCAGGCUCUGAAGCCUGGGCUCAAGCACCUGAAGACGAUCAGUGGGAAACAUGCGGCUCUUUAUUCGAGCAGGGGAUAUGCUGCCCCAGCUGCUCAGGCAGCACUGGCCAAUGGCCGCAUCGUAGCUGUGAUUGGUGCUGUUGUGGAUGUCCAGUUUGAUGAGGGCCUCCCUCCCAUUCUCAAUGCCCUGGAGGUGUUAGGCCGUGAGAGCAGACUGGUGCUUGAAGUUGCACAACAUCUGGGUGAGAACACUGUCCGCACAAUUGCCAUGGAUGGCACAGAGGGUCUGGUGCGUGGACAGCAGGUUCUUGACACGGGAGCCCCCAUCAGGAUUCCUGUGGGCCCUGAGACACUGGGCAGGAUCAUGAAUGUCAUCGGAGAGCCCAUUGAUGAGAGGGGUCCAAUUAACACCAAACAGACAGCUCCUAUUCAUGCUGAGGCCCCUGAGUUCACAGACAUGAGUGUGGAACAGGAGAUUUUGGUCACUGGCAUUAAAGUGGUGGAUCUGCUGGCCCCCUAUGCCAAGGGAGGAAAAAUUGGUCUGUUUGGUGGAGCUGGAGUCGGCAAAACUGUGUUGAUUAUGGAGUUGAUCAACAACGUGGCCAAGGCUCAUGGUGGCUACUCUGUGUUUGCUGGAGUGGGAGAGCGCACCCGUGAGGGAAAUGACUUGUACCAUGAAAUGAUUGAGUCUGGUGUCAUUAAUCUGAAAGACACCACGUCAAAGGUAGCGUUGGUGUACGGUCAGAUGAAUGAGCCUCCAGGUGCCCGUGCCAGAGUUGCUCUCACUGGUCUGACUGUUGCAGAAUAUUUCCGUGAUCAGGAGGGACAGGAUGUGCUUCUCUUCAUUGACAACAUCUUCAGGUUCACCCAGGCUGGAUCAGAGGUGUCUGCCCUGUUGGGUCGUAUCCCCUCUGCUGUGGGUUACCAGCCAACUUUGGCCACAGAUAUGGGUACAAUGCAGGAGAGAAUUACCACCACCAAAAAGGGCUCCAUCACCUCAGUACAGGCCAUCUAUGUGCCUGCUGAUGACUUAACGGACCCCGCUCCUGCCACUACUUUUGCUCACUUGGAUGCAACAACUGUGUUGUCCCGUGCUAUUGCUGAGCUUGGUAUCUAUCCUGCUGUGGACCCCCUGGAUUCCACCUCUCGUAUCAUGGACCCCAACAUUGUUGGAGCAGAACAUUAUGAUGUUGCUCGUGGUGUACAGAAGAUUCUUCAGGAUUACAAGUCCUUGCAGGACAUCAUUGCUAUCCUGGGUAUGGAUGAGCUGUCUGAGGAGGACAAGUUGACUGUCGCUCGUGCUCGCAAGAUCCAGAGGUUCUUGUCUCAGCCCUUCCAGGUAGCAGAAGUCUUCACCGGCCACCUGGGCAAGCUUGUGCCCCUUAAGGAGACAAUCAAAGGCUUCAAGAGCAUUCUAGCAGGUGAAUAUGAUGCCCUGCCUGAGCAAGCGUUCUACAUGGUGGGGCCCAUUGAAGAAGUCGUCCAAAAGGCUGAGAAAUUGGCCGAGGAGCAUUCAUAAAUGACUUGUUGAUAAGGUUGGAUUGCUUUUUGAGAUAAAAAUUUGUACAGUAUAAUUUCUCAUUGAGCAGUUUGUUAUAACUUGCCCUCCUGAAUAUGUUCUAUUAUGGUUCUAUUGAACUGAAAAGGUAAAUAUGGAAUUAAAAUAUGUUGUUUUAUAUAUAUAUAUAUAUA